UUAUCAGCAGUGAAACAUCCAUCCAACAUAUCAGCAGCGCCAGCGGUGUAGUGUCAGAGAGUUAGUCUGCGUCGACGGGUUCCGAGUGUAUUAGUGUGAGUGAAGGUGCGCGACGGACUUUUAAAAGCUAGCAAAGCCAACAUGUGCAACCGAACCAUCAUUGCGGAGCUCCUGCUCGUGGUCGCCCUGGCAACAUCCGCCCUUGGUGCUGCAGGAGGCUGCUCGUGGCGUGCCAGCAGCAGCUGGUUCGGAGGAGAGAUCUGCAUCCUGCAGAAGGUCUACGACGAUUGCCAGGAGACAGCGGACUUUACCGAGUGUCUCAAGCAGAAAGCACUGACCUCCAUCUCCCGAGCGAUCGAUCUGGAUUCCAUCCAACUGGUCGAUGGAGUGACUCUUGUCAAGCAGAAGAACGUGUCCGCGAAUGAAAAAUCGGAAAGCGCCAUCCUCGGACUAUCCGAUGCUCGUUCGAUGGAAGGUCUCGGCGAAACGGAUAAGGCUCUCGUGCAGAAGAUUGACAAGUUCCUCAAGACCCACACCAUCAGCUUCGAUCUGUCCGAAGCGCGAGGAAGUGGUAACAAGAAGAACGGCAGCCGGUACGUCAUCGCUGCCCUCCUGACCGCCAUGGGUAUUGCUGGACCGAUCGGUCUCAAGACGCUCGGAGCCAUCGCAUUCAAGGCCCUGGUCAUCAGCAAGGUCGCUCUAACCAUUGCCAGUAUCAUGGCGCUCAAGAAGAUCUUCAAGGCUGACCAUCACGAGGAAACCAGCUUCCAGGUGCACACUGGCCAUGAUAACCGUCGUGCCACCUAUUUUGUGCGUCCGGUGCGGGCAAACGACCCUUACCGGUACUACUACGAACAGCCAGCCCACUAAG